GACAUUUCCGCACGUUUGUUGGUUUUCCGCUCUCCACCGAAUCAUUUCUCUGUGCGCAGUCAUGGGCUCGAAGGUGCUCCGGGACCCAGUGGAGAUCACUCAGCUGUACCGUGAUCAUUGUCGCUUUCCCACGUUAUGUCACGCUGAUGUCGGUCCAGUGAUCACAUCGCAAUAUGGUGGACAAUACUGCAACAUCUACACAGAGUGGACUCAGCGUGAUUUAGAGAGGAAUGAGAGUGUGAAGUUUUGUCGUCAGUACAUUGUGUUUCAUGAUGACAGAUCGAUCGUCUACUCCGGACCUUCAGGAAACUGCACUGAAAUCAAGGGAGAGCUGCUUAGUGUGGAUUCCCCUUCCGGUGAGAUGAGGGCUGUUUUGAGAGAGAGUGCCAUCAAAGGAGAAGAUAAACAGUUCCUGGAGAUCUGGCAUAAGAACAGUAAACUGAAGUGUCUGAAUCUGACGGGUCUUGGCAAACAUGGCAAAGUUUAUGAAGAUGAUCAGUUUGGCUGUCUGGUUUGGUCUUAUUCUGAGACUCACCUGCUGUAUGUUGCUGAGAAGAAACGACCCAAGACUGAGUCUUACUUCAAGCAGGCUUCUGAGACUUUACUGACUGAUGAAGAGGAGGCCAUCAAGACAGACAAGAAGGAGGAAACAGUCAAGGGGCAUCAGUUUGAGUUUUAUGAGGACUGGGGUGAAGCUCUUGUGAAUAAAAGCAGCCCAGUGCUGUGUGUGCUGGACAUUGAGGGCAGUAACAUCACUGUGCUGGAAGGAAUACCCACCAACAUUUCACCUGGACAGGCAUUCUGGGCACCCAGUGACACAGGUCUGGUGUUCUUAGGCUGGUGGCAUGAGCCGUUCCGACUGGGGCUGAAAUACUGUCCUAACAGAAGGUCGUCUUUGUUUUAUGUGGAUCUGGCAAGUGGUAAAUGUGAGCAGUUAUCAUCUGACUCAAGCGCGGUCUCCUCUCCUCGGCUCAGUCCUGACCUCUGUCGGAUUGUUUAUCUGGAGUGUAGCAUCUUCGGUCCACAUCAGCAGUGCAGCCGCCUUUGUAUGUAUGACUGGUACACCAAGCAGACGAGUGUCGUGGUUGAUGUGGUGCACAGAGCCAGAGAAGAUGGCUUCAGUGGUAUCUACAGCUCAAUGCUGCCUCAUCGCUGCUGGUCGGCUGACAGUCAGCGAGUGCUCAUAUCUAGUGCUCAGAGGAGUAGUAAGGAACUUUUGGUUGUUGACACCUCAAGUGGUGAAGUCACUUGUCUCACCUCUAAAUCACAGGAAGGAAGCUGGAGUUUGUUGAGUGUUCACAGAGAUCUGAUGGUGGUCAGCUGCUCUUCACCAAACUGCCCUCCAGACAUGCGAGUGGGCUUUUUGCCAGUGAAGGGCUGUGAAAGUGAGGUGUCAUGGGUCACACUGGAGGAAACUCAACCUCACACAGAUAUUAGCUGGCAGACUGUCAACUUCAGCCCACCGCCUGAGCAGGACAACAGUCAAUACUCUGGUUUGGACUUUGAUGCUGUUCUGUUAAAACCAAAAGAAAUGAUGGCAGGGACCAAACUACCACUCAUCGUCAUGCCACAUGGUGGUCCUCAUUCAGUGCUGGUGUCGGAGUGGCUCUUGUCUACAGCAGUCCUGUGUAAGAUGGGCUUCAGUGUUCUGCUCGUGAAUUACAGAGGUUCAAUUGGCUUCGGUCAGGACAGCAUCCACUCUUUACCUGGAAACAUCGGCACACAGGACGUCAAAGACGUGCAGUUUGCAGUAGAGAGUGUUUUGAGUCAAGGUGGCUUUGAUGAACAGAAGAUCGCUGUCAUUGGAGGCUCUCAUGGUGGAUUCCUGGCAUGCCACCUGAUUGGGCAGUAUCCAGACUUCUACAAGGCGUGUGUAACACGCAACCCCGUCACAAAUCUGGCCUCCAUGAUUGGCAGUACAGACAUUCCAGACUGGUGUAUGGUGGAAGCUGGAUAUGAUUAUAACACUAACAUCCAUCUCGAAGCUGCUUUUCUGGAGCAGAUGUUGGCCAAAUCACCCAUCAACCAUGUCAGCAAGGAUUCUUUUAUGCCUAUGAGGAGCAUUGCAACAAAGAACAAUAAUGGCUUUUUCUUUGCAGUUCUUCCCAUAAGGCCUGCACCCCUGAGUCUUCUCUUUACUGUUGAGCAGGUAAAGACUCCAGUACUUAUGAUGUUGGGUGAAGAUGAUAAGCGUGUGCCCAAUAAGCAGGGCAUUGAAUACUACAGAGCCCUGAAGGCUUUGCAGGUACCAGUGAGAUUGUUAUUGUACCCAGGCAAUAAUCACUCUUUAUCCAAAGUUGACGCAGAGUCGGAUGGCUUCAUGAAUGCUACUUUAUGGAUCAUUCAACACCUCUCACUGUGAUGUCACUUCCUCGACAUGUACACCAUAUCCAACUCUAAUCACUUCAUUCCAAGAUGAACAGAAACAUUGUCAUAUCAAGCAUUGCCAUGGUAAUUUUUAUUUUAAUCUAUGCAAAUCGAAUUGACCUAUUUAAAUAAAUUAUACUGGAACCAAAAGCACUUGAAGAUGUUUGCUGGAGUCUGACCUGUGAGAUGGAAAUUUUAGGGUGCAGUACAAUAUUAAUUCUCUCAGUACAUUUUACAUUUAAUGCCAGCUUUAAAAUGAAUUUAAUACUGCUCUCAGAAAACCCUACAGCAUCUUUAUAUUUUAUUUUUCAGUAAUCAACGAAUUAUUUUUUGUGCCAUGCUGUUCAUUCUGUUUAAAGUUCACUCUCUUUAUUUCUUUGAUAAACGGUCUAGCUACUCUGAUUUUCUAAAAGUCUUGGGAUGUUUAUAAUAUGGUUACUGUCUGGGAUAUGUACUGUAUUCUUUUCAAUAAAAAGUGUUGAGUGACUUCAGAAAUGUGUAUCUAAAAUGAAACUGGAUUAAACCACAGUUGAAGCAGA